AUGCACACGAGCACACACGGCGAUGGGGUAGCCUCGCCGGAGCCGCCAGCGGGAGAGGAGGGGGUGAAGUGGGUGAAACAUUACUCCUCUGCGCAGAGCAUAUUGAUCGUCGGCGACGGGGACUUCUCCUUCUUGUUGGCGCUGGCCACCACGUUCGGCUCUGGCGCGAACCUCGUCGCGACGUCCCUCGACACCUAUGAGGCUCUGAAGGGCAAGUACAGCAAAGCGGAGUCAAAUAUAAUGGGGCUGAAGAGAUUGGGGGCUACAAAUUUUCAUGGCGUUGACAUGAAAACAAUGAAAUUUCACACUGACCUGAAGAACAGACGGUUCAAUCGGAUUGUCUUUAACUUUCCUCAUGCUACCUUCAACGGACCAGAGAACCAAUUGCAUGUGAUCAAUUUGCACAAGGAGCUGGUGAGGGUUUUUUUCCGCAAUGCAUGCCACCUACUUAUGCCUUAUGGUGAAAUCCAUGUUAGCCACAAGACAAGACAUCCAUACGACAGAUGGAAUCUUGAGCACUUAGCCUCCGAAUCUUCUCUUGUUAUGAUUGAGAAAGUUGGUUUUCACACAGAAGACUAUCCCGGUUACAACCAAAAGAGAGGGGAUGGUGCAAGGUGUGAUAAGUCAUUCAACCUAGAUCCUUGUUGCACAGUCAAGCUCCAAAGUUCAGAACCAGGAGUUGCUGCACAGGAUUAUCUGCUGAAAGGAUCGAUCAAAUAGUAGAACUUAACCUCUCGUGAACGGGCAAGGAGCCCAGUGGUUAAGCUUCAAGUGGGAGCCCGACCGGCGGGAAUUCGAGACUCCCGUCCCGCACCAAGCCCCUGCCCUCCGAUGAAGGGCGUGCAGUUAGGGCAGCACUUGUAAAA